GUGGACGCCGCGAACACUUGCCAAUUUAUUUGCGCCAAUCUCCCAGUUCCUUCGCCUUCCCAAACUCGCCAACGCCGAUCGACACUCCAAUCCCAAGCUCUCCGAAUCCAAGAAAUGGCGGACCUCCUCCUCGGCAGCCCCUUCCGGCGCCUGCUCUACGCCCGCCCGUACGCCUCGGCCACGGCCGCCAUGGACUGGGUGGAGACCCCGACCUCCCACAUCAUCAAGAUCAACGUCCCGGGGCUGGGCAAGGACGACGUCAAGGUGCAGGUGGAGGACGGCAACGUGCUGAGCGUCAGGGGCGCGGCCAAGGAGAAAUCGGAGGAGGAGACCGUGUGGCACGUGGCGGAGCGCGGGAAGCCGGAGUUCGCGCGCGAGGUGGCGCUGCCGGAGCACGUGAAGGUGGAGCAGAUCAGGGCCGGCGUGGAGAACGGCGUGCUCACCGUCGUCGUGCCCAAGGAGCCCGCGCCCGCCCGCCCCAGGACCAGGCCCAUCGCCGUCUCCAGCAAGCUCUGA